AUGCCAAGGAAGAAGACUUGGAGGAAAGCUGCUGUGAAGAAGACGAAAUCUUGUAAGGCAGAUGUGGGUGACAAGUACCCCACAGAUGUUGGCCACGUCCAACCAUCUGUGCCUCUGGGUGUAGGCCACGUCCUAACACCUAUGACAUCUGUACCGGCAGGGGUGAUCUCUACCACCCCUGUGACAGUGGUCUCUGCGGCUCUCCCUGAGACCACUUUGAAUCAGAUUAUUACUCAGAAUUCAUCUCAGUUGCUUACUCAGAAUUCAUCUCAGUUGCUUACUCAGAAUAUCUCUCAGAUUACAACUCAGAAUAUUACUCAAUUUACAAUGAACAAUAUUCCAAAUGAAACAACACAUGCACUGCAAGGAAAUUGUAUGCAUCAGAAUUCAGAUAAUCUGGUGUUGGGGUCUUUCCAUCAGGGAAGCAUGAGGUUUUCAUCAUUUUCAAGAGAUCAGACUCUGAUCAAGGGAGAUAAUUUGUACAACACAGUUGUGAAGAAUCUUCAGAGUGCUGGAAAACUGAAAAGUAGAUUACUGAUGUUCGAUGAACUACCAAGUCAUAUUGAUUCUGGUGAAAAUUACCACAUGGUUGAUAAGUUUGAAACAUUGUUUGGCUUAUUAGUUACAGAUGAUAAGAGAAAUCAAAUUCAAACUCUACAUGAAUGUCUGCAACAAGCAUUGGGUUUAUCUAGUUUAGAUCAGUCAACAACAUCUGCUUUCACAAGCAAACAAUCUGUUUGUAGUAAUACUGGUCACUUAAAAACAGCAGAGAUAAAGAAAGAUAAAAAAGAGUAUAUGAGAGAAUAUAUGAGGAACAAGAGACAAGAUCCAGAGUUUAAAGACAAGGAAAGGGACAUUAAGAGAAACAAAAGACAAGAUUCAGAGUAUAGAGGAAAAGAAAGAGACAAAAGAGACAGUAUGAGAAACAAGAGACAAGAUCCAGAGUUUAAAGACAAAGAAAGGGACAGCAAGAGAAACAAGAGACAAGAUCCAGAGUUUAAAGGAAAAGAAAGGGACAGCAAGAGAAACAAGAGACAAGAUCCAGAGUUUAAAGACAAAGAAAGAGACAGUAUGAGAAACAAGCGUCAAGAUUCAGAGUACAAAGGAAAAGAAAGGGACAGCAAGAGAAACAAGAGACAAGAUCCAGAGUUUAAAGACAAAGAAAGAGACAGUAUGAGAAAUAAGAGACAAGAUCCAGAGUUUAAAGGAAAAGAAAGGGACAGCAAGAGAAACAAGAGACAAGAUCCAGAGUUUAAAGACAAAGAAAGAGACAGUAUGAGAAAUAAGAGACAAGAUUCAGAGUACAAAGGAAAAGAAAGGGACAGCAAGAGAAACAAGAGACAAGAUCCAGAGUUUAAAGACAAAGAAAGAGACAGUAUGAGAAACAAGCGUCAAGAUUCAGAGUACAAAGGAAAAGAAAGGGACAGCAAGAGAAACAAGAGACAAGAUCCAGAGUUUAAAGACAAAGAAAGAGACAGUAUGAGAAAUAAGAGACAAGAUACGGAGUACAAAGAAAAAGAAAGAGACAGUAUGAGAAACAAGCGACAAGAUACUGAGUACAAAGGAAAAGAAAGGGACAGCAAAAGAAACAAGAGACAAGAUCCAGAGUUUAAAGACAAGGAAAGAGACACUAUGAGAUACAAGAGACAGGAUGCAGAGUUUAAAGAAAAGGAAAGGAAAUGUAAGAGAAUUAAAAGGCAAGAAGAAGAAUACAGGCAUGAUGAACAAAUAAGAGAUUUAAUCAAGAAAAAGGAAAUGAGACAAAAUCCUAACCACUUGAAAGAAAGCCGAACUCCAAAACUCUCUUCUGCAAAUGGAAUGACAUGGGUACAAAAACCAAGUGAACUAAAUUUGUUACCAUUGGAAGAAAGACUUGUAUCCUUAAGAAUUCCUUUCAUGCAGAUAAGAGAAUUACCAAGAGGAGGGCAGUAUUCUGUAAAAGGAAAUGUUGUAAAUGUGCCAGUUGACAUACAACCAACAAUCAAUAGUCUUCCUAGGAGACUUGAUGAAAAUAUCACAAUACCUGUGAAGUUAAAAAGAAAACUAUCUUUUCAGCACUCUUAUUGUCAUGAAAAUAUCCGACCUACAAAAGUUCUGAUUGCUUUACAUUGGUUAAUGAAAAACAGUGAGUAUUAUCAGAAUUCAAACAUAAACAUAGAUGAAAACUGGUUCAAUGAAGUAACUAAUUCAGCAACUGAAGUAAUGAGAGAGUUUAUAGAGGGCCACACCAAUCAAGAUUCAGCAAUGCAUGAUGAACCAGAUGAAUCAGACUUGGACGAAUUCUGUGAAGUUGAUGGUAGUGGUAAGGAUGGAAAUUGUGAUACACUACUAGACAGUGACUCAUAUGAUAUGAAUCAGAUCUUCACAUUUGCUCCAGGAGAGGGACAACGUCCACUUAGUUUGUAUCAAGAUCAAAUGGCUGAAUAUUUGUCAUUUCCAACAAUAUUUUGUGGUAAAGGAAGAGUAGAAAACAGUCAACGUCAAGUACCCGUUUCAUAUGCUGAUAUUGCCAAGUGGGAAUUAAGAAGUGUUGAUAGACGUGCUGCACAGUCGGUACCGAACUUGUUUUUCAAAUUGAAAAAAAUUCAACUAAAGCAGGUAACAGACAAAUGCAAUUUAGCUCUUAGAAAAUGCAAAACAAAGGGGAAAACCUUUACUGCAAAUGAAAUAAGAAAUCCUGAUCAAGUAAACAACAUUGUUAGACACAAUGAGGGAUUUUAUGUAUUUAAACAGUUGAGAAAUUCUCCUCCCUAUCUUGAAACAAGGAAGAAAGAUGUUUUUGCAAUGAUACGACAGCUUGGUUUACCAACUUGGUUUAUGUCCUUUUCUGCUGCAGAUACACGAUGGAAUGAUCUCAUAAGGGCACUAGGAGUCUUAAAUGAUGACAGAGAGUACACAGAUUCAGAAAUUGAAAGCAUGACAUGGACUGAAAAAUCAAAGUUAGUUCAAAAAGAUCCAAUUACAUGUACAAGGUAUUUUGAUCAUCGUUUUAGAACUUUUUUGAAUACUGUGAUUAAGAGUGAUCAUCAUCCUAUUGGCAAGGUACAGGACUUCUUCUAUAGGGUUGAAUUUCAACAAAGGGGAUCACCACAUGUUCACAUGAUUGUUUGGAUUGAAAAUGCUCCAAAAUACUUGGAAAAUGAUAACAAGGAAAUUGUUGCAUAUGUUGAUAGCUACAUAAAAUGUGAAAGAAAUGCAGAAGACACUAUGCUUGAAUUACAGGUGCAUAAACACUCUCAAACAUGCAAAAAAAGAGGAAAGGCUGUUUGUAGAUUUGGAUUUCCACUUCCACCACUCCAAACUACAAUGAUAUUAGAACCUUUGGACAGUGAAGUUGAGAAAUACAAGAAGAUGCAUAAAGCUAUGCAGGACAAAAUGAAUGAAUUUAAAAAUGGAUGUGAUGUAAGCUUCAGUUUUCAAAACUUCUUGCAGGAUGUACUAAAGCUAUCUGAAGAUGAUUAUAUAAAAUGCAUCAGAAGUUCCUUGAGAGGACCCAAAGUAUUUCUGAAGCGUAAACCCUGCGAUCUUAGAGUGAAUGCUUACAACAGUACCCUUCUUCAUGCUUGGGCAGCUAAUAUUGACAUUCAGUAUAUCUUGGAUCCAUAUGCUUGUGCAAUGUACAUUGUCUCAUACAUAAGUAAAUCCCAAAGGGGUAUGAGUGAUCUUCUGAGUAGAGCUGCAAAAGAAGCAAGAGAGGGCAAUCUUGACAUUAAGAGACAAGUUAGACACAUUGGAAAUCAAUUUCUCAACAGUGUUGAAGUUGGAGCACAAGAAGCAGCAUAUCUGGUUUUGCAAAUGCCACUUACAAAAGCAUCAAGAGAUGUAAUGUUUAUAAACACUUCUCCAAUUGAUGAGCGUGUAAUACUUGUCAAACCUGAUGCAGAACUUGAAAAGUUGAAUGCGAAUUCCACAGAUAUAGAAUGCAGUAACAUAGUCAAAAGAUAUGCAAAACGUCCAAAACAACUUGAAAACUGGUGUUUAGCUGACUAUGUGUCACAGUUAAAUGUAGUUUUUCCAAAAGAAAGUGUAACUGAAAUGGAAACAAAUGAUGAUGAGAGGCAUCAAUCAGAAAAUGAAGAAAGUGGUUCUGAUAGUGAGGAUGAAUUUAAAGAUGACAGCACAUUAGUUGUGUUGAGAAAUGGAAUCAAAAUCAAGCGCAGAAAAACACCAAGAGUUGUAAGAUAUGUGCGCUAUAGUUUAAAGACAGACCCAGAAAAUUACUACAGAGAAAAGUUAAUGCUGUUCACUCCAUGGCGAAAUGAAUGUUCUGAUCUUCUGUGUGGACAACAGAGCUUUGAGCAGUCAUUUAACCAGAAAAAAUUUUUCUUAGCUCACAAAAUCAAACAGUAUGAACACAAUGCUGAUGCGCUUGAGCAGGCAGAACAGAUGGCGCAAGAUGAUUUGACAGAAGCAUAUGAUGAAUUAGCUCCUGGUGCUCAACAAACUGAGGCAGAAGAUGAAUUUGAAGGACAUGUUGAGUCUGAAAAAUUUGUUCACUUUAAUCCUGAAAGGCCAAUUGAACAGAGAGAGUAUGAUAUGGGAAAUGAUGUUGGAAUUCCAUCAACAGGACAACUGAAUGAGCAGAGUUCUGUAAGAUUACCUGAUGAUGAGUAUUUAAAGCUUGUGGCCAGUCUGAAUUUGAAGCAACGUGAAUUCUUUAAUCAUGUUAUACAGUGGAUCAAAUGUAAAGAGGAACCUAUUCAUGCAUAUCUGUCAGGAGGUGCAGGUGUUGGGAAGUCAGUGUUAAUCAGAGCACUUUAUCAAGCUUUACAUCGGUAUUUAUGUGCUAAAGAGGGUGAAAAUCCAGACGAUAUACGAAUUCUUCUUUGUGCAUACACUGGUAAAGCUGCAUUUAACAUUGGUGGUCAAACAAUUGCUUCUGCAUUUCACCAGAAAAUUAACCAAAGGCAGCAAAACAUGCAUUGUGAUGAACUGAACACAUUUAGAACUAAAUAUAGGAAUUUGUCAGUUGUCAUCAUAGAUGAAAUUUCAAUGGUUGGCAGUGCAAAGUUGGAAUUUAUCAAUGAUAGACUUCAGCUUCUUACUGGUUUGAAGAGGCCAUUUGGAGGCAUUAGCAUUAUUGCUGUUGGAGAUUUCUUUCAACUUAAACCAAUCAUGGAUGGAUGGAUUUUUGAAGAUUUAAAACAAAAUGCCCAAGCACUUGCAUGUAAUCUUUGGAAAGAAAAUUUCACCUUAUUUGAGUUAGAUGAAGUAAUGCGACAAAAAGACGACUUAGCAUUUGCACAGCUUUUGAACCGUCUUCGUCACAAUGAGAUGACUUCUGAGGACUUAGAUAUAAUUCACAAGUGCAUCAUUGCUGAAAAUAGUCUGAAUUAUCCACAUAAUGCUCCCCAUCUUUUCACAAUGAAUGCAAAAGUAGAUGAAUAUAACAAUAAGCUUAUAGAGCAACUUCCUGGUGAAAAAGUCAUUGUAAAAGCUGUUGACAGUGUCCUCCAAGACCACAGUAAGUCUGUGAAAGACCGACUACUCAGAUCAGUGCAAAAUCAAGAUGACGUAAGCAAAACUGCAAACCUCAUGACAAAACUAACUCUAGCCAUUGGAAUGAUAUAUGACAUUACAGUUAAUAUUGAUGUUACUGAUGGUUUGACAAAUGGUUCAUCAUGCACUGUACUUCUUGUUGAAAACAGAUUACCUGGUGUAUCAAGGCCAAGUAUAGUGUGGGUGAAGUUUUUGGAUUCUGCAGUGGGGAGAAUUACUCGACAAAAAUACAGACACCUUUUCCAUGAUGAUGUUGAAGAUGAUUGGACACCAAUAUUUGACUGUCAGCGAUCUUUUGUUUUCAAUUCAACUACAUAUCAAAGAAUACAGUUUCCUUUAAGACCAGCUGCUGGUAAGACAAUCCAUAAGGCCCAGGGCUGCACUGUUGAUGAAAUUGUAGUAGAUUUGUCUCAGACAAGGACGAGGAAAACACCACACAUUCAUUAUGUGGCCCUUAGUAGAGUUAGGUCUGUUGACAAGUUGCAUAUUCUAAAUUUCAAUGAGCAAGCAUUAACUGUAGAUGAAAAAGUUGUACAAGAAAUGGAAAGAAUGAGGGAGAAAGCACUUCUAAACCUGUGUUAUCUUCCAUUGUACAAAGCAGAGCAGAACAAACUAAAACUUAUGUUUAAUAAUGCAAGGUCACUUCACAAACAUUUCAAUGAAAUUAAAAAUGAACCAAAUGUUGUAGCAUCUGAUGUUAUUGGUUUUUCAGAAACAAGAUUAACCGUCAACGAUGAACAGAAUUUCGUGAUAGAAGGUUACUUGACUUUGUUUAAUCAUGAAGAGAGAAGUGACAGAAAUCGUCCUCAUCAUGGAACAGCAUUAUAUGUGAAACAGGACCAUUUAAUGACGUGUAUCACAAAAUUCAGCAACAAUUUCCUUGAGUUUAUCAUAGCUUUGAUAAAUUUUAGAGACUUUGGAGAAGUGCAGAUAGUUGUUUUCUACAAGUUCCCAGCAUGUUCUUUUAAAGAGUUUGAACAUGAAAUUAUGUUACACUUAAAACCUUUUGUAGACACAGAGAAAAAAUUGAUAAUUUUUGGAGAUUUCAAUUUUGAUUUGUUCACUGGACACAAAGAUUUUCUGAACUUUAUGAAGUUGAGUUUAAAAUGCACACAAAUUGUACAAAAAGUAACUCAUGAUUCAGGUUCACAACUUGAUUUGAUUUUCACAAACUUCCCUCAUUGUGAAACUGAUGUAAUUGAAGCAUUUUGGUCAGACCACAAAAUUGUCUACUGUACUUUUUAG